UCAACCAUGGUCUUAGCCAAGUCAAAUGACAGCACAAAGAAAAAAAAAAAAAACAAUUUGUUGUGUUGAGCUAAUAUUCUGUAAACUGCACAAACUUGGCUUGUUCUGCUGUACAUUAAAUGGACAAUUCAAACGAUACGCCACCGAAGACUGUACCACCUUUAAGAAUAAAAAAUGUUCGCUCGUUGCAAGCACUGUCUGUCUCUGAGGAGUCCGAUUCUGAUUCCAGUUCCGAUAAUCAACAUUUGAUGAUAGACGAGGUGUACGAAGUAAGUGCCUCGGACGAUGCUGGCGAAUCAGAAGUAUCAAAGAACCAUGUAACAGAAACCGAUGGUGCUAAGGCAACUGAUAAAAGUCCGCGGCAUUAUUCUAAUAGGCAAUCGACGAACAGUGACGACAGUUGUCCUGCGGUGCAAAAUCUUGCUGGUGCACCUGAGACCACAACCGCUAACCAUUCCAAAGCAAACCGACGGAAAAGUCAUCACGUUCCGAAGCAGGUAGACGUUGUUUUCGAAGAAGGUACUAUUCUCUCCGCGGUGGAUAAUGUUAGAGAGGAACAUACGAAUGAUUCAAACAAACAUUUGAUGAAACAUAUUGCCAUGCUGAAGAGUUGUAUUAACUACGCGCUGGAGGAGCAAGGCUUCCGGCCAUUAGCGUUUAAGCAGAACUAUGAGAAAGUUUCGAAAUUAAUGGAACAGUACAACCAAAUGAAGAGAAAUAAACAUGAAACCUAAAAGAUGUGUUGAAAAAAAUAUAAUAAGGGACU